GCAGCUGGAGUCCCACACUUCGUCCUCUCUCUUCUCCUGGAAAAAGCGCACUAAAUGUAAUAACAAGCUCUCCAUGCGCUGCUCUGACGCCCGGUGUUGUUCUGGCGCAGAUCUGCGGUCUGCUAUCGGCAGAUUGUAUCGGCAGGCUGAUGGUCUCGGUCCGGCGGUGGUUGUACACAGCAAACUGUGAGAAGGAGGAGAAAGACGGCCAAGAGGAAAAACUCUAGCAGCGCCGCUUUGGAGUUGGAGUUGCAGCGUAAAAAAAAAAAAAAAAAAAAAAAAAAGAAAAAAGUCCCAGACAAGUCCUGAGGCACAUCUGCAACUACAGCAGAGAAGAAGCCGAAGAAACAAGAUAAAACACUUUAUUUUUUCUCUCCUGUGAAGAUAAAAAAAAAAAGUGAAGAAUUAGAGGAGGAACCACACAGAAAGAAUUAUCCCGUCUCCAUGAGGUGUUGAGGAAUGAGCGAUCGCCAUGGAAACCCAGUCCCAGGCCAGUUCAGCAGCUGAGAAGAAGAAGAGGGUGGAGACCAUUGUGGCGACCAAGGGCUCAUCGGCGCGCAAUGACAUCAGCGAGAAGGCGGUGGCCUCCAGCACCACCUCAAACGAGGACGAGAGUUCAGGCACGCCGUACCACCGCGAGAGGCGCAAUGCCAUCAGCUCCCAGGCGCCCCGCGGCCCCGACAGGAGCGUGAGCGAGGAGCCCUCCACCUCCACAGAAGAACGCCCCUCCCUGCUCAAGAAGGAGCUGCACGGGUCCUUACCCCACCUGGCUGAACAUGCCCUGCCGUACCGGGGCACUCUGUUCGCCAUGGCCCGCAACGGCUACCUAGACCCACACUAUCCUACUCCACAGUUCUUCCCCACCUUCCAUCCUCCCGUGCCAAUCGACGACAGACAUACCCAGGGACGUUACAUCUACGAGCCCUCCCCUGUGCCCCCUCUUCAUGUGCCUCACGGGUUGGCUGGCAGUCCAGCUUUCUCCGACAUCUCCCUCAUCCGGAUCUCGCCCCAGAGGAACCCCUCUUUGGGGGCGGAGUCGCCCUUUCACCCUCCGCACCCUUACAUCAACCCGUACAUGGACUACAUCCGCUCGCUCCACAGCAGCCCCUCCAUCUCCGUUCUGUCGGCCACCCGGGGCCUCAGCCCUGCAGAUGCCCCUCACACAGGUCUGACCACAGCCGAGUACUACCACCAGAUGGCUCUGCUGGCGGGCCACCGUAGUCCCUACACGACCGACCUGCUCCCGUCGGUGGCGUCCACAGCCGGCGCCAGCACCGCCACCGCCCUGCACAUGGAAUACCUGCAGGCCGUGGAGAAUUCCCGUUUCUCGAGCCCGAGGCUGCCAUCAAGGCCCAGCAGGAAGCGCCCGCUGCCCAUCUCGCCGCUCUCCGAUCCAGGCUUUGACCUGCAGACGGUGAUCCGAAACUCACCCAGCUCCCUGGUCACCAUGCUCAACAACUCUCGCUCCAGCUCCUCCACCAGCGGCUCCUACGGUCACCUCUCUGCUGGAGCCAUCAGCCCGGCGUUGAGCUUCGCCUACCCUCCAACCCCGGUGGCGUUGCACAUGCACCAGCAGCUGAUGGGCCGUCAACCGGGCCUCGUGGGCUCCGCCGGCCACAGCCCGCCCCUCAUCCACCCGUCGCCGGCCUUCGCCACCCAGAGGCCCGUACCCGGCAUCCCCCUCCGGGCUCAGCGCCAGCGAGCGCCGGCCCUCUCCAACGACUCCUCGCAGACCAAACCAACAAGUGAAUCUGCAGUGAGCAGCACGGGAGACCCGAUGCACCACAAACGCUCCAAACUGAAACCAGAGGAAGAGAUGCCGAGUCCAGGCGCAGUGAGCGUUCAGGACCAUCCGGAUGGGAUGACCCUGGUGAAAGAGGAAGGGGACAAGGAUGAGAGCAAACAGGAGCCCGAGGUGGUUUACGAGACGAACUGCCACUGGGAGAACUGUUGCCGCGAGUUUGACACGCAGGAGCAGCUAGUACAUCACAUCAACAAUGACCACAUCCACGGGGAGAAGAAGGAGUUUGUGUGUCGGUGGGAGGAAUGUUCUCGAGAGCAGAAGCCCUUCAAGGCGCAAUACAUGCUGGUGGUCCACAUGCGCAGGCAUACCGGGGAAAAACCCCACAAGUGCACGUUUGAGGGCUGUGCCAAGGCCUACUCCCGUCUGGAAAACCUCAAGACCCACUUACGCUCGCACACCGGAGAGAAACCUUAUGUGUGUGAACACGAAGGCUGCAACAAGGCCUUUUCCAAUGCCUCGGACCGGGCCAAACAUCAGAACCGCACACACUCCAAUGAGAAACCGUAUGUGUGUAAAAUCCCAGGCUGCACCAAACGCUACACGGACCCCAGCUCCUUACGCAAGCACGUGAAGACGGUGCACGGGCCGGAGGCGCACGUCACCAAGAAACAGCGCGGAGAUUACCCGCGUCCUCCACCCAACCGGGAGCACGGGGGCAACGGCCAGGGCCGGUCGCCAGGGCAACUGCCUCUGGGUGGGUACACGGACCAAAGGGAGUACAACCAUGCUACCUCAAAACAGGAUGAAUGUCUGCAGGUCAAGUCCAUCAAGACAGAGAAGCCUAUGACGUCUCAGCCAAGCCCUGGCGGUCAGUCUACAUGCAGCAGUGACCAGUCCCCCGUCAGCACCUAUCCCUGCAGUGGAGUCCAGCUUGCUGUGAGCGCCGGACGCUCGCCAGGGGAGGGGCUGGAGGAGGACGAGGAGAAAGAGGAACACGAUGAGGAGGUGGAGGAGGAGUGCGUGGGCCAGCGGGCCCCCAUCAUGGACUCCACAGUCUCCACGGUGACCGCGGCCAUGCUGACCCUGCAGGCGAGGCGAAGUGUUGGCCGCCCUGUGCGCUGGAUGGAGCACAUCAAGAUGGAGAGGCUGAAGCAGGUGAACGGAGCGCCGCCCAGGCUGGGGACCCUGUCCCCUACACCGCCCCCGAAAGGUUCCACACUACCCACUAUACUGGGGAAGGGAUCCUGUCUGGGCAGGCAGUGGGGGGUGUCUGCUCCUCAGCCACCUGUUCACGCUGAGCUGGGCAGCACAGAGCUAACGGUGCUCAAUCUGCUCCGAGACCGGCGUGACAGCAGCGGUAGCGCCACCAGCUCGGCCUACCUGAGCAGCAGUCGGCGCUCCUCGGGCAUCUCUCCCUGCUUCUCCAGUCGGCGCUCCAGCCAGGCUUCCCAGAGUGAGGGCACGAUGGCAGCCGCCCACCACCGCCGCCUCCACAACCUGAGCUCCAGCGACUCUUACGACCCCAUCUCCACGGAUGCCUCGCGCCGGUCCAGCGAGGCAAGCCAUUAUGGAGGAGGGACAGGAGGAGGGAUACUCUCAGGUGGUGGCUGUGGAAGUGCAGGAGUAGGUAUGGGAGUGGGUCACGGGGGGUCACGGGGGAUGCUCACUUUAACCCCAGCACAGCACUACCACCUGAAAGCCAAGUACGCGGCAGCAACAGGCGGCCCACCUCCCACGCCUCUUCCCAACAUGGAGCGCAUGAGCUUGAAGACUCGCAUGGCCAUGAUGGAUGAGGGUGGUAGCAACCACUCCUUGCCGCCUCUAGUCAGGCCACAUUGCUGCGGUGAUGGCACCAACGGGUACACCAACGGGUACACGGGACAUGCAGGUUACAGGAGGAGGGUCCUCUAUCCCGGCGAGGGACCACUGAACGGGAACCGGAGGGCCAGUGAUCCGGUGCGGACGCAGCCUCGUGACAUUGGCGGUCUGCCCCCAGUACAACGCUUCAACAGCCUUAACAACCUCCACCCUCUUCCACCUCUAUCUCAUCAUUCUACACCUGAAACUCGCAGCUUUAGCCUACAGAACUACACACGCUCGGAGGGCAACCUGCAGAGAGGCCUGCAGCACUCACCGUACACUCCUAGCAUCGCAGAACACGCAGCCUUAGAAGCCCUGGCCAUGGAGGACGAGGCUGGCCUGUUGCUCGGGGAUGAGGAUAUGCUCCCAGAUGACCUGGUGCAGUAUCUCCACUCCCAAGAUCAGGUGGACGGUGGCUCCUCCAUGUACAUUGAGGACCAAAUAGCUUCUAUCCAAAGGGACACCUCCCAACCAUCUAUGGAGGAGGUAGAACAGAUCCAGACUUCAGGGUUGAACAUGGGCUUCGCUGGGUCCCACAGCAUCCAGCCUCAGCAGACGGCAGAGCGGACGAGCCCCAGUAAGCUUCCCAUCCAGUGGAAUGAAGUGAGCUCCGGGAGUGCUGACAGGUCCCCUCAGAAGGAAAACAACCACCAGACACAGUGUGGAAGGUGGUCGGGUGCUGAACACGGACCUGUAUCCGCGCCUUUUGGCAGGUUUGGAAACAUGGUGGUUCAGCAGCAAGCGCCCCUUGAUUUCCAGAACAGUUGCGCCCAGGCUAAUCAGUCCCAAAGUGCUUGUUGCGUUAACCCCGCGGUGAAGCUAGAGACAUCGCCCAACUCCUGCAUGGAGAUGAGAGGUACCGGAAACAACUCUACAAACACCUUUGGAAGGCCUAACUUCGCACAGAUCAUCGACGGGCCUCUUCAGCAGGGCUUCAAACAGCAGGCCUCCAAUGGACCUCCAAAACAGAGCCACUUCCAACAGAACCACAACGGUAGCACCUCUUGCCAGAUCGGGAACAACCUAGUCCUUAGCAGGGCCUCUAUGGACAUCCUCCCCGGCCUCUCCCAGGGAACUGGUCUUCAUCACAAUCGGCAGGUUCAUGUCCCUCGCCCACCCGACGGUUACAGGAACAUGGUCAGGACCCAGCAGUACCUCAAUCCAGAAAACUCUGGUGAGAUCCAGGUUAGUCUCAACCAGCAGCAACAACUGCAGAGAAGUGGGGACCAUUGCUCCCUUGCACAUCAGGUAUCCGGGCUCAAACUGGAGGCCCCGGAUCAGGGGUACUUGGAGGAGGGCUUCGGUGACUGCCUCGCUUACGAACCAUUGGAUCGCAAGGCCUCCUCGUUCCCUGUCCUGGAGGACCAGUGCUUGCUGAACUCCAUGGCAGAGUCUGUGGGCCAAGUUGUUGGCAGUGGCGGCGGGAACUCUGCCGCCCUUCUCUCCCCUGGUACAGACCAGGUGACCAGCACAAUGGAUGGCAAUGUGCCUGGUAUAUUAGACGAGGGGGUGAGUCUGGACUUUGGUGCCAUGCUGGAGGACGGCUACGACCAGGGUAGCCUGGUCUCAGGUGUGCUGAGUCCCUCCAUCUUCCAGGGCCUGUCCAGGACCUCAUCACGCCUGACCACCCCUCGAGCGUCCGCGACCUUCCACAGCGUGGCCCCCGGCCUCAACAACAUGGCGAUCGGAGACAUGAGCUCUCUUCUCACCACACUGGCUGAGGAGAGCAAGUUCCUGGCUACCAUUCAGUAGCUGCUCUCUCUCUCUCUCUCUCUCUCUCUCUCCCCUCUGCUUUCUCCUCCCUUAGGAAAAAAUGGGAAAAAAAGGAAGAGAAAAACUCUGGUGUAUGUGAAGAUUAAGACCAAAGUGUCAAUUACGAGAACUUUAUUAUGUACUUAAAGUGUUCUGGAAACGGCAGUCGCCAAACCCAUUUAUUUUGUACAAAUGUCAUCCCACACAGAGAUGGGAUGUGUCAAAAUUAUGUAUAGAUAAAUAGAUAUAUUCCUUUUCUGGAAUGUAGGCUAUUUUUGGAAGCUCUUCUGUUUGUAUUUCUGUGUGAAAGUGAGCAAAAGUUCACCUCUUAAAAACAGUAUUCCGUGGAUUGUCACUGUUUUUGCUGUACACACUGUCGGUAAAAAUGCAUGUAUUCAAGGUUGAACAUGAACACUGUCUAUAGGAGUACAUAGACCAGCCCAUGUGCCAAGUAUCUACCCUUCUGAUCCCACAGGUACAUAUCCACACUUGUUACGGCAGGCCAGACAUGGGGCAUUGAUUUAACAGGCCCUGACGAUAACUUUAUAUAUAUCAUAGGUUUUUAAUAAGUGGUGUAUUUACAUUUUGUUGUCAUUUUGUUUGUACGUUAUUUUCGUGAAUCUGUAAAUGUUUCAGUGCUUCUACCAAGUUUUACCAAGUGGUGUUUUUUGUCAAGAGUAACUGCGGUAUGGUAUCGAACACAUCCAAGGCUUCAAGGCACCCUCGAUAUUCGUCUCCUUGAUAUCUUGAUUUAGUUAGUCUGGAAAGGUACUCACAAGUGUAUAUAACAGUGUUUUUAUAUUCUGUUUGUGAUAAUCUGAUAAUUGACGUUUGAUUGCACGGUUGUUUGGAGCCGAUAAGAAAAUGGACAUUUCUUUCUCCUCGAUGAUAAAAGGUCCCAUUUGGUGCUUUAUGUAUGCUUACAUAAAUAGAUAUGAGUACUAAACGUUUUUUGAAUCUGUCUUAAUGACCAACAGUGGUCCACAGCACAUGAAUCUCCCUCUCAUGAUGAUAAAUGCUGUAAAGUGACGUGUUUUGUUUCAUAGGAAAUCAUCAGUAUCGUUUUCUCCAAAGCUCUUAAAUUCAGAAUGUGUACUGCCGUCAAGUAUUGCAGUGACUUUGUCAACAGUGUUAGUGUUGCCUUGCAGUCUGAUGUGACUGAACACAGAAUAUUGAGUAGUUUACCUUUUAUUCAGCGUCAAAGCAAUGAGGUACAAAUUGUUUUAUCGUUCUUUGGUACUUUUGUCAUUUUUGUAGCCGUGCAUUGAUGGUGUUCUUUUUUUUUUUUUUU